GCCGCCCGCAUACAGCUGCAUCUAUCCAUUGCGCGCACUCUCUGGCCUUCGCGUGCAACGCUGUGCACUGCGUGACAUCGCUGCUGUGGUCUGUGGGCCGCUGUGCAGUGCUGGCCGCUGUGCAGUGCUGGCCGCUGUGCGCUGCUGACCGCUGGCGGCUGUGCAGCGCUGCCUCAGAAUGUCCAAAAUGCACCGAUGCGUCCUCCUCGCGGCCGUCGUGGCCUGUGCUGCUGCGCGCCGACCGGGCUCGCGCGUCGUCCAAUUCACGAGACGCCUGCCGCGCCGGACGCGGCGCGCGGCCGAAACCGUAGUGCUCGACAUGCCGCUCGGAUUGCUCGAAUCGCGGGUGGAAAGGCAAUUGAGCAAGGCCCUCGGCCAAGCACCCGUCGAGCACAGCGUGUUUCAGGCUCUUCGUAUGGUUUGCGGCUGCGCGCUGCUAUUUCAGAGUGCGAAAAUACCACAAACUGCUGCAACGCUGCAAUGCUUCGCUUGUCUCCUGCAGAUCUCGCACGGUAUGAUACUGGGCGCGACGGGAGGCGGCAUCGAUCUCUUCCAGUCGCCGGCGCGGGACGACGAGGGCGCUCGCGUGCUGUUCGUCGUGGUGAGGCUCUGCGCCUGGAUCGUGGCCAGAGACAUCGCGGAGCGCCACGGCUCGACGGCCGCGAUCGCGGGUGUGACGAUUGGCGUCCUGGCGGCGAAACUAGCUGUGGCAACGUACGACCACGCUAGGAUUCUGGCGCGGCGCCAGCGCAAGCGCAUCCAAGCCGUGCGGGGGCUCACCGUAUCGGACGAGCAUGAGCCGCCCCUGGACGCCAUCGCCGCGACGCUCGAGCGCCUGGAGAUGUCCUACAGCGACUACGUGAAGCAAGGGCUGAACUGGGUCGUGCGGACCCAGGUCUACGCCGGGAGCGCGCGCGCGGGCCGCGGCGUCGUUUGCACGGCGUGCGACUGUGCGCAUAUCGACCGACCCGCGUGGGCGAACGUCGACGCGGAGAGACGCGAGGCGAAGGCCCGCGCGGCGGCGGCCAAGAUCCAAGCGGUGCGGCUCCACGAGUUCCUGCACAUGUGCGUCUUGGCGCUGAGUACUCGCUAUGGCGUCCGUUUCGCCAGAAGGCGACGCCUGGGCAAGCGGGCGCUCGACAACCUCGGCGACGACAUUCCGCUGGCCGGCGGCGGCGCGUUCUCGCCGUCGCGGCGAGCCAUUGCGAGCCUGGACCUCGUCAAGUUCGCCCCGGCGGCGUUGGGGGCGUUCGAGGUCUCCGAGGGCGCGCGUACGCUUCGGGCGCGGAAUCGGUACGCUGCAUUACGAGCGGGGCUGCGGGCUACGAACGUCGUUGAGACCUAUGUGGCCGGUGACGUCCUGUGUGGAAAUCAACCAGUGCGUCGGGUGCAGUCAAAGGCGCCGUGAAUUUUGAUUUCUACACAGGCGACGUCGAUUCUCGAGGUCGCCGUCGGUCGAAGCGGGGCAUGCUCAAGCAGUUCCUCGCGUUGUUCCGGGCGCUGACCCAGACCGUGAACUAUCUGACAAGCUUUGUCAACAAUUGGGUCCGGGCAUUUGAGCGCUGGCUCCUCGAGCGACGGGGCUACAUCCGAUUCGUCUGGCGCUUCGUGUUGGCUCCUAUCUUCGUCGUCAAGGGGCUCCAGAAGCCUCUCCUCGGGUUCUACAAGGCCGUCGCCGCGGAGUGCUAUCCGUGGUUAUUGGCGUGGUCGGGCUGGCGGGUCCAGCUCGGGACGCUUGAGCUUCACCAGGUCCCGGCCUACAUGACGUGGGCCGCGGCGCUGCCGGCGCGGUGGCUCGCCGUCGUGGUGCGGAACCGCGGUGGUGGCGACUAGGUGUUGUUUGUGAUUCGUGUGGUAAGUCUAGU